AUGAUUUGGAAAGCUCUCUUCAGUGCGGCGCCCAUAUUGGCACAUAUACUAUCAGCUUUAGCUGCCCCAACUCUGGAUUCACAAUUGUCUAGUCAAUCACCAGGCAAAUAUGUCUUUGCCCACUUUAUGGUCGGUAUAGUAAAAGACUACCAGCUAUCAGACUGGAAAGAAGAUAUGACCGCAGCCCAAGCCAUCGGCAUCGACGCAUUCGCACUGAAUUGCGCAAGUAUAGAUAGUUACACUCCCACCCAGCUUGCCCUAGCCUACGAAGCAGCCGAACAAGUCAACUUCAAAGUAUUCAUUUCAUUCGAUUUCGCUUACUGGACCAACGGGGACACAGCAAAGAUCACAGAGUAUAUGAAACAAUAUGCAGGGCACCCAGCACAGAUGCAAUACAAAGGAGCUGCCGUAGUAAGUACAUUUGUCGGAGACAGCUUCAAUUGGGAUGCAGUACGACAAGGCACACCGCAUCCAAUUUACGCUUUGCCGAAUCUCCAAGAUCCCGCCGAGGCUACUACCGGCCCUGCCAAAAGCGCGGAUGGUGCGUUCUCGUGGUUGGCUUGGCCUACCGACGGGGGGAAUAGUAUCAUCCCAGGACCGAUGACUACUGUCUGGGAUGACAGAUUUGUUCAUUUCCUUGCGGGAAAAACCUACAUGGCUCCCGUCUCGCCCUGGUUCUCAACCCACUUCAACGUCAAGAACUGGGUGUUUGUUUGUGAGAACCUGCCAACAUUACGCUGGGAACAAAUGCUUUCUCUUCAGCCAGAUCUUAUCGAGAUAAUCUCAUGGAAUGACUACGGUGAAUCCCACUACAUCGGCCCGUACUCAGCACACCACAGCGACGACGGUUCUUCACAAUGGGCAGCUGACAUGCCCCACGACGGCUGGCGGAAUCUAUUCAAGCCCUAUAUAUCAGCCUACAAAUCCGGUGCAAAGAGCCCUACCGUGGAGGCGGAUGAAGUGGUGUACUGGUACCGACCUACGCCCAAGGGCGUUGUGUGCACGGGUGAUACCCUCUCAGCACCAAUGGGUGCUCACAUGCUCAGUGAUAGUAUCUUUGUCGCGACUAUGUUAACGAGCCCGGCUACCUUGACUGUCCAGAGUGGAAAUAAUGCUCCUGUUAGCAUUGACGUUCCGGCAGGAAUUGUCACCUCAAGUGUGGCUAUGGGGGUGGGUGGUCAGUCUUUCAAGGUGACUCGGAAUGGGCAGACAAUUCUGAGUGGCCAAGGUGGCCUUGCGGUUAAGAACAGCUGUGUUUACUAUAACUUCAAUGUCUUUGUUGGGUCAAUUGGGGGUGUCAAUGGUGUUAGUAACUCGAUUGGGGCCUAUGACCCAGAACCAGACAGUUUUCAAGUGAACACUCAACCUGAGGGCACUGAAAUACCCAGUAAACUUGGACCUAGGACUCCAUGUCUCAUGCCAGCGACCCCAGAGCCUCAGGGUCUCCGGGGAUCGGCCUAUGAUACCCUUGACACUAAUGCCGGGGCCCGCACAAUGGCCUUCACGCACACGGCAAUCCCAAUGGCCAAUUCGAUAGCCUCAAUAGAAAAAUUCGGCCGAGACAAUCCAACUCGACCGCGUCAAACUGUGUUACGUUAUCUGGAGGAACUAUUUGUUCCAUUUCUACACUUACUCGUGCUUGACACCACUGUUGAAAAUGCCACAAAAACAGAUGAUGGUCAAUGGAAGCUCACGCUACGACGCCGAAAUGUCCAACACGGCACGUCAAAUGCACCCAGAGAUUACUGGUGGGAGGAGCAAUUUGAUGCAUUGGUGGUAGCCUCGGGACAUUUCACUGUUCCAAGUCUUCCUAAUAUCGAAGGUCUGAUCGAGACCUCUGCCGAGUUUCCGGACAAGUUCGAGCAUUCUAAAUCCUGGAGAUCUCCAGACUCAUAUGUCAAUAAGAGAGUUGUCAUCGUUGGCGGUGGUAUAUCCGCUGCAGACCUUGUUGAAGACCUUCAUCAAAUCGUCAAAGGCCCGCUUUAUGUCUCUCGACGUGGCAACGUCGGAUUUCUUGAAGAUGCAUGGCGUCUUCCCAAUGUGGUCGAUAAAUCAAUCAUUUCGCGCAUAUCUCCUGCCGCCGGUGGCACGGUAGAGUUCCAGGAUGGAACAAGCAUCAACUUCGACAAGAUUAUCUUCGCAACGGGAUACAAACUUUCCUAUCCAUUUUUGCCUUUCGAGGCUGUAACUCCACAGAACAGACUGGACGGAUUCUACCAGCACAUUUUCCGUAUUGGGGACCCUUCCCUUGCCAUUAUCGGACAGGUCAGAGCAGCCAUCAGCUUUCGCAUCUACGAGUACCAGGCUGUGGCAGUCAGUCGCUUCCUAGCCGGACGUUCUCAAGACUUGCCAAGCAUAGCAGCACAAGAUGAAUGGGUGGAACAGAGAUUACAGUAUAAGGGUCCUACCGAGCUCUUCCACGAAAUAAUGCCCGAUUUUGUGGAAUAUUAUGGCUGGUUGCGAGAAUUUGCAGGCUGCGCAGAAGGGAAGCCCACCGAAUAUCUGUUGCCGGAAUUUGAAGAAAAUUGGGUUCAGAGUGAUAUAGAGAUAUUGCUGGCAAAGAAGCAGCAUUGGGUGGCCCUUCGAGAUAAAAAUCGUGCGUUGGAUUAUGAACAACUUGCGAAGACUGGUGUCAAUAGUAGCAUCUCGCGUUAA